GAGGUGGAGGGUCAGCGAAGUGGUGUCGCCUCGCUCUAAUUGAGCCUCGGCCAAUCAACAACAACUCGUUAGCAGUCACCUUCUGCUUCCUCCUGCUUUGGGACACUUUCACCCCCUUUCUCCUCCGUCUACUUGUCCUUUUUUUUCCCAAACUGCAAGACCGACGCUACUUGGCGAGCAUUUGCAUGGAGCUCCGCGGACUAGAGGCGCACUUUUGACGGGGGCGGGAGGGGGAGGCGAGCGAAUGAACGCUGCCGGAAUAUGCGAGCGCAAAGGCGGACACACUUUUAGCACAACUCCCCCGGAACCACUUGUGGACGCUCCACGCUGCCUCACGAAUGAAAUAGAAAACUAUUUCUCCACUCCCUUUUGGUUUUAUUUUCCUCUUCCUCCGGGCGAUGACCUCUAGUAAAGACAUGAAGGCGGGCUCCGUGUUGCAGUCCGCCGGCGAGGACAGAAGGCGGCGGCCCCCUCUGGACCAGCUGCCGCCACCGGCUAACUCCAACAAGCCACUGACGCCGUUCAGUAUCGAGGACAUCCUCAGUAAGCCCUCGGUCAAGAAAUCCGCCGCCUCUUCUGUCGCGUCCAGCGUAUGUCCGACUAGGCCGAGGGUCCUGGAGAAGGUGGCCGCUGCUAGUGGCGCCCGGAACGGCAUCGGCACGCCUUCGUCGCCGCUGUGCGCCCUGGAGGAAUUGGCCAGCAAGACGUUCAAGGGCCUCGAGGUCAACGUCAUACAGGCGGCCGAAGGUCGGGAACACCUGAACGCGUUCGGCCAGCGGCAGGCGUCCAAAAAGCGGCGAAAGUCCCGCACGGCCUUCACCAACCAUCAGAUCUAUGAGCUGGAAAAGCGCUUCCUCUACCAGAAGUACUUGUCUCCGGCUGACCGGGACCAGAUCGCGGGCCAGCUGGGCCUGUCCAAUGCGCAGGUCAUCACCUGGUUCCAAAAUCGGCGCGCCAAACUCAAGCGCGACCUGGAGGAGAUGAAGGCGGACGUGGAGUCACUGAAGAAGAUCACGCCGCAGACCCUCCACAAGCUCGUGGCCAUGGACAAUAAUGACGAGGCUCCGGGGGGAGGUCGAGGAAGCGCGGGAGGGGAAGGCGGCGAAGGGAGCUCUCCGGGCGGAUCCCCGGCCAGGGGGACCCCCUCCUCGCACCGGAUCUUCCCCCAGUCGCCCUCCUCGUCACGCGGACAGACCACCGACGAGUUCUCGGAGGACGACGAGGAGAUCGAAGUUGACGACUGACAUCUUGCUUUUUACAAACAGAAAAUAUUUAGAAAGGGGCAUUUUUUUAUUUCCCAAACUUUUGCACGGAUAUUGACAAAAAAGAAGUGUUUUUCUUCUUCUUUCCUUCGAUUUAAUUUAUUAUGGGACUUUUAAAGAGGACUUACUCUCUUAAUAAACAUUUUAGUAGCUCAUAUCACUUUUUUUACUCCAGUUUGGAUAAGUGACAGGCCAUUAUUAAAAGGCCAUUACCAAGAUGAUGAUGAUCAUGAUGAUGAGCCACUGCAGCCUGUGUACAUAUACAGUAAAUAUAUAAAUAUAUAUGAAGUUCAACACGAGAAUUUUAAUGUAUUUAAUCCGCAUCUGUGUAAAUAAAGACUCUACGAUAUUUCAAGAAAA